ACGCCCUGAACGUGUUGCUAUAGUCCAAAUAAGAUCACUUGCAAUAUUUUAUGGUCUGCCAACCUUUGGAGUCCUUAUCCACGACCUUAUCCUGCUGUAUUAUUCAUUAACUAAUUAUGCGAUAAGGAUUUUCUUUCUCGAUAAAGCUCCUGAACUUUGAUUGGAGUGACUACUGUACAGCUGCUGAGCUGCUCAGCUUCACCGAGUCGACGCGUUUAUACUAAAUGCAUGUCCUGAAGUUCUUCGGUUGAUCUUAGUAACUCAUACAGUUUAUACACACAGCAGAAAAUGGCCAGCUCACUUUCGUUUCCGCUGCUUUCUGUUCGUCCGCUUCGCUGUAUGAUGGACGAGAAGUUCGACGUGCGCGUGACGGAUUUACUGCCAGAUGUUCGAGUCACACUGCACGCGCUGCUUCGCUCAGAAGACGGAGAUUUUUGGGAAGGUUUUGGCCACUAUGUUAGUGAUGACUCAGGAACUGUCACAGUGUCUAAAGAUGCCAGUCUUGGUGGAACAUAUGAAGGAGUUGAAUCCAUGGGUCUGCUGUGGAGUAUGAAACCGAUUCCUGGGAGCAGGACAGGCCUCAGAUUUCGCAAGAAGGAUGUCUACACACCACUUGAUGUCCACAUAUCUGUGUAUUACGACCACCUAAAUGAAGGAUUCCAGGAGAAAUCUCCCAUAGCAUCAGUUGUGGCACAGCGAUGGUACACUGCUCCAGGAAUCCAGAGGGUUAAUGUUACGGAAAAAGGGUUGAAGGCAGCUCUUUACAUCCCACCAGGUCCUGGUCCUUUUCCUGCUAUACUGGACCUCUGGGGUGGAGGUGGGGGUCUAGUGGAGUAUCGCUCUGCUCUACUAGCAUCUCGAGGCUAUGUCACAUUAGCAUUGGAGUAUAUUGGACGGGUAGAUGCUGAUGGAAAACCAUACCAAGUAGACAACUGCUACUUUGAGGCAGCCUACACUUUGCUGAAGCAGCAUCCACAGGUAUGUCCUGAAAGAAUCGCCGUUCUCGGUUUGUCUUUUGGUGUCUCUGUGACCCUGAGCAUGGCAGCAUACUCCUCAGUGAUAAAGCCUAGGUGUAUAGUGUGUGUUAGUGGAAGCCACAUCGUGCCCGUCAACGGAUCACUGGCUGAUGUCUUUGCUGAGAUCGAAAAAAAUGUCAAAAACACCCGCUAUGAUGAAGAACAGAGAAUCAUUUGGCGAGACCUCUUGCUGCCAGUACCAGAUGACCCUUCAAAGAAAGUUGAAAUGGGUCGUAUCAAGUGUCCCAUUUUAUUGAUUGUUGGGGAGGAUGAUCAAAAUUGGCCAGCAUCAGAGUCUGCAGAAGAUAUGAAGCAGAUGAUGGAACAAGCUGGCAAUAGUCACUUGUUGACAGUUCUGUCUUACCCUGGAGCCGGCCACCUCAUUGAGCCUCCUUAUAGUCCACACUGCCGAGCCAGUAACUACGUAGUGGCAGAGACAAGGGCUAAAGUGGUGGUGCUGUGGGGUGGACAAACAGAGCCACAUGCACGAGCUCAGGAGGACUCCUGGUGCAAAACCCUGGCUUUUCUAGAGCAGCACCUCUAUAGCAACAAGAGUCAUUAACAUCAAAUAUCAGUCACAUCGUCAGAAUGUAGAACCCCGAUUCCAAAAAAGUUGCGACAAAGUACAAAUUGUAAAUAAAAACGGAAUGCAACGAUGUGGAAGUUUCAAAAUUCCAUAUUUUAUUCAGAAUAGAACAUAGAUGACAUAUCAAAUGUUUAAACUGAGAAAAUGUAUCAUUUAAAGAGAAAAAUUAGGUGAUUUUAAAUUUCAUGACAACAACACAUCUCAAAAAAGUUGGGACAAGGC